AUGAUCAGCUUCCUGCAGAUCAAUGUUGGCGUAUGCAGAUCAUCACAGGACCUGAUGGUUCACACCGCUAGGGAGUGCGGGGCAGACGUAGUGCUGGUAAGCGAGCAGUACCGGAACGCUGACGAAGAGACCGGUUGGUACAGUGACACAUCAGGAAGGUCGGCUGUCUUUGUAUCCAGCAACAUAGCGGUAGAUGUUGUCGGUCCUCUAGACAUCGGUUUCCGAUGGGUACAAAUAAAUGGUAUACGUAUCUACAGCGUGUAUUAUUCACCAAACGCUACCAUUGCAGAGUACAACCUGUUCCUCAGCAGGCUUGAAAACAGUGUCCGCAGCGCUGACGGCCCAGUGCUAGUGGCGGGUGAUUUUAACGCUAAACGCCCUGAAUGGGGAUCACCCACGACUGAUCUACGUGGGAAUGCUUUGGCAGAUCUUGCAAGUUCUCUAAACCUCCACGUAUGCAACGAUGGCAACCUACCAACCUUCACACGAGGCGCUAGUGAAUCUUUCAUCGACGUGACGUUUGUAUCCCAGAGUCUACGGCAAAAAGUUUCCAACUGGAGGAUACUAGAUGAGGACUCGUUGAGCCUACACUGGUACAUCGCUUUCCAUAUUACUCAGACCGAUCAUGCCACACCUCUUCCACCACCCACGGGAUGGUGCUGGCGGUAG